AGACCGUGGAAGCUAAAAAUAACGCUAGCAUUUAGCGUGACGCGAAGGAUUAUUUUACAAAGCGUCCACGUUACCGCAGCACUACAGAUCUUAAUCUGCAACAGUCAAAGACUGCUCUCCCACUCCGAACGAGGAUUCUAAAUCCGCUAGUUCCCUGACCCAGUCAGAGCUCCGCCUAGAAGGAGGAGGUGGGUUUGAGUCGGGCUGGCAGAUAUUACAGCGUGCUGUACGCUAGACAACAGCGAUUGAGCCAGUCAUAUAAAGUGCUUUCGUUUUUUGGUGAUGAGGCGAUUCGCUCUGGUGGUCAUGUGUAACAACUGUGAACAGCUCUCAUGAACUGGAUUCAGUGGGAAAUCUUUUUCCGGGUUGUAUUAAAUGAAUGAGAAAGGGUGUCUACUCCUGACUUCAACUACAUAUGACUAUUGGUUGCUGUAAAAGGUUUGCCAAGCAGCUGUUCCAGUUGACAAGCUCAGAUAUAACAGUGACCUGGUAGCGGCCUGGUGAAAUCGGGAUAAUACAGAAACCAAAUUGGUGCUAAAACGAAACUCUGCUGUAAGGUAGUGGAUAUUUUAUACUGUGAACGGUGUGCACUUCCACUACAACCUGGAACAUCACCUAGUGUUGAAACGGGCGCAGAAACAUAAUCGACCGAGAUGAACCUCCACACAGGACUUACUCAACACGGAUGAAAAUAAGCAAGUUAGAUUGUGUAACAAGUAGCCUCUACCCUAAUCUGGGAUAUAAGCUCCGGUGAGAGUUAGCCGGUUAACCCGCUUUCUAUCCACUCCUCGGCACUGCUAAUCUAUGAACUGGCUGACAAAACAAGGAUUUUGAUAUGAAUACCUUCAUUAGAUCGCUUGUGCAGAUAUACCUGUUGGUACAUGAGCGCCGGGUUAAGUCAUAGUAUCGUUCCACGACUCAAGUUGUUACAGUGUCCAUGCUGAGUGGUUUGCUUCGCGAGUGCUUCUUGGAGUGUAGGAUGUGACAUACGCUAGGGUGGCACUCUGGACAGCAUGUUGGCCUGGAAACCAUUGAUACAGGCGACCCUUGAGUUGUGACUUGGUCAGUUGGAGAAUCUGGAAUUGUGUUGUGAUACCUGCAAGCGUGGAAGCCAGUCCGCCUGCUUGGAGUACCAGAGAGAGCGAAGGAUGGAGGUAGACGUCGGAGUAUUGAACAGGCUACAGUUCUAUCGAUUCCUGGAGUCUCCGAUGAACACACGGUAGUAACUGGUGGUGAGCCUGUGGGCAGACAGGCCGGGAGGGACGGGGGCUCGUUGGAGUUAGUGACGUCUCUCUCAGCUACCGCAGCCUCUACACCAACACCACCACGACUGAUUCAACUGUCACCUUUGACAGAUUUGAGAAAGUGGAAACUGUGACGGGAAGCUAGUGCUGUGAUAAAAGUGUUUCAACUCCAGUAACACCUCGCGCCCAUGUUGUCAGCCUUCACCACUGACUCGACUGUUUCCUCUAUCACAAGGUGUUUGGAAUUCUUGGGAUAAAGUGUGUUUUGUUACUUCGGAUUCAUUCUUACAAAGUUCUGUGCUUGAUAUUAUUUUACUUAUGGAAUUUCUGGAUCGUGCAUGUACCCAUCCCGCACGUGGGUCGUGAGUGAUAUGGCGUCCACGUUGGGUUCUCCCACAGUCGACUACAACGACAGCACUUCAACGUCAAGUGUGGACAACAUCACGAAUACGACCUCACAGCCCCUGAACAAGGAGUCCAGUUACGAGGUGUGGCUGCAAGUUCUCAUCUCCCUCAUCUUGAGCUGCAUGAUCGUCGGCACAGUGAUAGGCAACUCUCUCGUGUGCAUCGCGGUGGGGAUUGUGAAGCGCCUGCAAACACCCUCCAACCUUCUGAUUGUGUCCCUUGCGACGGCGGACCUUUUGGUUGCCAUCCUCGUAAUGCCACUCUCGCUGUACACGGAGAUUCGAACGAAAUGGCGUCUCGGAGAAGCUGUUUGUGACAUGUGGACAUCCCUAGACGUGCUCCUGUGCACUGCAUCUAUACUUAAUCUCUGUAUGAUCAGCGUGGAUCGUUAUUUCGUCAUCACCAGACCACUACAGUAUGCCAUGAAACGGACGCCUAAACGCAUGGGAAUAAUGAUAGCCGUUGUAUGGGUGGCCUCAGCUCUGAUAUCUAUCCCCCCAAUUUUCGGCUGGAAGGCCGACAGGGGUGCUUUUGACUGUUAUAUUAGUAACGAACUAGGGUAUCAGAUCUAUGCAACUCUGGGUGCCUUUUACUUGCCUCUAGCUGUGAUGAUCGUGGUCUAUUAUAAAAUCUGGCGAGUGUCAUCUCGGAUAGCAAAGGCCGAGCAAAGGUCACAUAUUGGCAACAUAGACCGGCCACCCGAGUUCCAAGUGGGUCGGCCAUCGAGGGACAGUGGUGACAGCCACAUUCUACCCAAUGGCUCAAUCAAAGAUUCGAACUUACUAUCGUCAGAGGAUGAUACGACGAAAGAAAACCUUUUAAAGAGAAACUCUAUUAAACGUCGUCGAUUCACAAUCAAGUCAAUAAUACCAUCAAAACAACGUAUGUCCACUUCGAAGGAGCGUAAGGCUACCAAAACUCUGGGUAUUAUCAUGGGUUGUUUCACGGCGUGUUGGCUCCCAUUCUUCAUACUUGCUGUAGUGCAAGCCGUCUGUUUUAAGGUAUACGGAGCAUCAUUUGACAAGGUACCACCAUGGGUCUCCUCAGUGCUUAUGUGGUUGGGUUAUGCGAAUUCCUUCUUGAAUCCUGUUAUAUAUGCUCGAUUCAACCGUGAAUUUAGGACUCCCUUUAAGGAAAUAUUGUGUUGUAGAUGUCGUGGAAUAAACGUUCGAAUGCGUUCCGAGAGUUAUGUGGAGCAGUAUGGUGCCGAUCAUGCUGUCAAAGACAGUCUGAGACCCCCAGCGGAAACAAUGGUGCGUUACAACAGUCAUGGUCAAACCUUGGUUCAGAUUGGGAACGGAUCGCCUAAUAGCCAAGGGGAGUCUAAGAUAUAGUAAUACAGUGAUAUUGUGUUAUUGGAUUUUUCCCUAAUGCCACGUGGUUUGCACGUGCAAAUGUGAUAUAUGAUAUCACGUGACGUGACGUUCAGUGCUGGCUGACGUCACGUGGCUGUACAGAUAUAGAGUGAGAAUCAACAAGCAAAUGUGAUUUGUGAAUUACUUUAAAUGGCUGAUCUCAACGGCUGCUGAAACUGCUCUUGGAUGGAAUAACAUUGAUCGGAUGCCACUUCCAUAACCCGUCGUCAUAACUGUGGUUACUUUUCGUCUCACUUGCCAAAUUGAAGGAUUCCAAAUCCUUGUAAAAAUGAAGUUAUGUUGUUGUAGUGUUCCUGCUUGGGAGGUGAUAUUCGUGAAACAAGCCGUGGUACUGUGGACGUCCACGCACCAUUGACCACGAGAGAGGCCCCGGCUGAGGCUGUAAUACAGUGGGCAGUGAGCCACGCCUGCAGUCCGGGAUCCGGACGAUUCAAGACACUUAAAACACGAACUAGAAUUAGCUGCUCAGUUUUCUCACACUGGGUAGGUUCCCCUUCCCCUCCCCUCAUUUCCCGCCAAAGUGCGGUGUCGUCUGCCGACCUGCCUGGCCAACCAUUGCUCUUAGCCUUAAACAGUCUGCUAUGUGUAGAAACUUCUGUGCAAUGCUUUGUAACGAUUGUCUAUGGAGUGCAGAUUUAGGCUUCUGUUGUAAAAUGCCCGUAACUCGCCGUUGUACAGAUGCACCUUCACGGAUCGCAUGAGCUGGCACCUUGCCAAGCCUACAGGGUACAGAAUAAGUUCGUAUAGUGUAAAGCCCUCUGUUGCAAAGCCCAGGAUCAGAAUUAGUUUCACAGUAGCAGAGAUGUUCGACUGGAGUGGUUUCAAUGCGUGUUUAGACACAUUCAAUGCUGACUUUACCGACAAAUUAUCCUCUAGAAGCUACACUGCGUGUUUUCCUUUGAAGCAAGUAACAUCCAAUGCUAACUCCAUCUACGUCCAGCCAUCUCUAAACUCCAUAGCUGUUGGUUUUUCAGUAGCAAUUUUACCUUGAAAAUGUAGUUGUCAGUGAUGGCCAACAUCGGAAACUUGUUUAACUGUGCGUUCAUUGUAUAUUUAUUGAUUCGUUAUCUAUCUAGAAUAUCGAUCAUCUUUAUGGCAGGCUGUUCUUGAUGUUGGUCAUGUAAUUGAAAAUUAUUACUGAGAAGAUCUUAAUGUAUCCCAAUCGUUUGAAAUCAAACGUAGGAAUUAAACGGUUAUGAUGGAAA